AUGGCUUCAACAGUUCAACACGCAUCUAAAUUUCAACGCUUUUUGAAUUCAGAGACCGGUCCUAGAACGGUGCAUUUUUGGGCUCCGGUGUUUAAAUGGGCAUUAGUCGCUGCUGGACUUAAUGAUAUACAACGUCCUGUCGAGAAAUUGAGUGGAACCCAGCAAAUAGCAUUGUUUGCUACCGGUGCCAUAUGGACGAGAUGGGCUGGGUUUGUUAUAAAACCAAGAAACAUGCUUUUGGCAUCAGUGAACUUCUUUUUGGGUGGAGUUGCCGGUUACCAAUUAAUGAGAAUCGUAAACUAUAGAAGAAACUUGGGUGAUUCCCCAAUGCAAGUAUUUGAUUAUAUCUUGAACGGUGAUACAGUUGCCGUAAAAGAACAAGAACCAGCCAAAAAUUAA